CAUGAAAGAGAUGACUUCUGCCUGUUCACAUUCUUUAGUGAAAGAGCUCUAUGCCAAGAACACGGGAGACCUGCCAUUGGAGGUGUUAAGUAUCAGAAUUUCUGGGAAGGAAUGUGGAUUGGAUGGUUUUUUGGUUCAAUCUUGUAGAGGUUUUGUUUUGGAACCUGGGGAGUCAACAGAGCUUCUGAUAUCGUACCAAAGUGAUUUUUCUGCAGCCAUGGUACAUCGGGAUCUUGAACUUGCCUUGGCUACUGGUAUUUUUCUGUUACCCAUGAAGGCAAGUUUCCCUCAUGAUAUGCUGAGUAACUGCAAGAAAUCCAUGUUUUGGAUGCGUGUGAAAAAACUCUCUCUGGGAUUCUUUCUCUUCACAUCCUUACUUUAUGUGGUAUUCUGCAUCAUAUGUCCUCAAACCACUGCUCAUGGCUCCUUGGAUUGCCUGUGUAAGGGUGAUAACAUUAACAACAUUCCCACCACUGUGGAAAGUGCUGGGAAAACUCUUCUGCGUCAUAACCACAGAAAGAGUAGGUUAUCAAUGUCUGAUAAGAUGAACAAUCUGUUGCGCUCAGUUGGAAACGAUACAGCCUCAGUUGGAAUGUCUCAACGCCUGAUGCAAACUCCAGCAAACCAUACACAGACCAGUCAAUUGUUGGAUGCUCCAGAUGAAGCAAAAUUACCAUCUACUGUAACCCAGAGCUCUGAUACAGUGGGAGCAUCGCAACCUUGUAAUAAUCUCAUGGUCAAAACUGGAAAAGAAAAGGGAAGGAGAAGGAAGAGGAAGAGUCUUCCCGCGAAAGUAGCAGGAUUAUCUGAAGUUUCAAGUAGUCAAAGUGGGAAUUCUACACCCUCAUCUCCUUUAUCUCCAGUUGUCUCUGCAACUUCUAGAUGUAACUGGCCAUUGUCUCCUGAGGUGGAGCAAACCCUUGAAGAGUCUCGUACUUCGAUUAUUCAAGAGGCUAACCAACAUUCUGACAAUGAUCAAGCAUCUGUUUCUGCUGAUGAGGUUCCAGUGAAGUGCCGGGGAAACAUUCUCUCUUCUGAAGGGCUGCUGCAUUCAACUCCAACAAGAGCUGCUAGUAAAUCUGUUGAGAUUCCUUCUGCUACUUUUCCCCUGCCUGGUGAACCUUCUUUCUGCUUGGCAUUGACAUCAACCGUUCCUCCGUAUGCUCGAGCUCCAGGAUCCGAACUUGAGAACAAAAAAACUGUCCAAGCACAAGAGACAGGGCAUGCGGAUGAGUAUACCUAUGAUAUAUGGGGCGGCCAUUUUUCUGGGCUUCAUUUGUUGGGUCCUCCAUAUGUUACUCCUAUGAAGUCUAGUCCUGCAGAGAAUAAUUUCGACAGCUUUUUCGUCAACGGGCCUCAAACCCUAAAGACCAUUUCCCAAGAAGGCUAAAAAAAAAAAAAAGUUACCAAAUGUUCCUCUCUGGCUCUCCUCGCUUCUAGUUUCUAUUUGCUUUAUGGAUGGGAAAAAUCGCAAGUCUAGACAGCCACGCACCCGCAUGCACUAGCUAACUGCACAUAAAACCUAGUCUAUAAGCUUAAUCUGUAAGUCAUACAUAAAAAUGGCGCAUGAGUUGUGGAACAUAAUAAGUUGGGACUCAAAUCACCUAAUUUUGCAUGGAAAAGAAAAGGAGCUGAAAACGAGGAGGGGAAUUAGAGUGGUUGGAUUAAUAUAAUCUGCUCAGUUAUCGUCUGAAAGAACGAGUAUUCCGGUGAGUGUUUUUGCAUCGCGUAACGAUUUUAUCAUAGGUAUUUUGAAGCAAGAAAUUCAAAUUUAGUUA